CGGCAGGACUUAUAUGUCAGUUAUUAUAGCAUAGUUGCUUUUCCAAACAAGCUAUGAGUGUUUUGGAGGUCAGGACCAUCUAUAAUGAAUGUAGAUGUCCACGGUGAGACGAGAUGACGUUUGGCUCGCGUUCGUUGUCUUUCAUCCUUCUACUCUACGUGGCCAACUUAUGUACAGAUAUCCGAGGCCCACUGGUGGAUGGAAUAGUUGCUAAGAUCUUCUAUAUUCCUUUUCUCUGGGUUCUCUUAAGUACAGUCAGUCACAACUCAGCAAUCGGCAUAAGCAAGUGUAAUAAGACAUUGAUCAGGCUUAGUAGCAAACAUGUGACAGCAAUAGAAUAUGGAUACUCAGAAAGGUAGCUGCUAGCAUGCUUUCUUUUAACCCGUUUAUCCUUUAUUGAACUAAGAAAGUCUCACAUGGACACCUUUGACGGUACGUAUGCUCGCUCAACAAACGCCGUAUUGCCUAGUAAACCUUCUCAG